AUGGAAUUAUCUCCAGUGGAGGCCAAAUUUUUAGGUCCAGUUGUGUUAGAGGUGCCGCAUUUCGGUUCUUUGCGUGAUAAGGAACGUGAAAUCAUAAUUUUGCGCUCCGACAAUGGAGAUAGUUGGCGAGAGCAUACUUUAUACGAUAGUGAUCAGGAUCUACUGCCUAUAGCUAGUUUCUCGGAUGAUCGUACGGUUAAAUUAUGGGACAUUGGGACUGAGAAAACUACGCUUACUUUUGCAGAGCAUGAGGAUUAUGUGCGCGCUGGCGCGGUAAAUCCCAUGUCACCAGACACAUUAAUAUCCGGUGGUUACGACGGUAAAAUUAAGAUGUAUGACACUGAGAUAGCGAAGAGCCGCGAUGUUGAGGUACUCGAAGACCAAGAUAUUUAUUUGGAAUUUGCAGGCAAUUUGGUACCAGUGCUAAAAUCAGCGUUAAUACGCUGCAGCUAUGUUUGUCGACGUUUUGGUAGAUGUGCCAGUGAUGAGUCGCUUUGGACGCGUCUGGACUUAGGAGGACGGCAUUUGCGGGCUGGUGCCCUGGAAAGUAUAUUAACACGCGGUGUAGUAAUUCUACGUUUAGCGCAACAGGCGGCAGCGCCACAUUCACUCGAACAACAAGGCACAUUUGUGCAGGACGAACCGACGAUUGCAACGUGCCAAGUUCCAGUUGUUGUGUCAGAUGUGAAAGCGACUUUACCGUCAACUGCAACCACUACAACCACAACUGGCGGCAGCCCGCAACGCAGUUCAAAGCAGCCAACAAAGUGUAACGCCCCCGUGACUACUUCAAAAUCAACCCCGGCAGCCACCAGCCGUGAAAUACCGAUUGCUGCGAAAUCAGGCUCACCAAAACACCGUAAAGUAAUCGCAACAGCUAGUGCAGUUACAAGCGGCGCCAUGCCCCAGCGCUCCAACAGCAAUGCGCGGUAG